AUGUAUAAAAAAAAACAAUAUAUUUUUAUUAGUCACGUUCGUAGUUUACAAAACCAAUUAUAUUAUUUUAGUUCUUAUAAAAUUUUUAUCGUCAGAAUUUCAUUUCAUGAUACAUAUACAAUUCCGUCCUAUAAAAACAGAGUGGCGCUCGCAACACCAGUGCAGUCGAGAAUUUCUGCGGUUCGAGGAGUACCUACUCGAUAAUUAUUUUGUUCUGCGGACUUAAGUUUUUCACAGAAAAUUAGAACCGGUGACGGUUGCUUUAGUAUCUUUCAUUAUUUUAAAAGUAAUCGUUAUGUGUAUCAACCUGUUGUGACUGUGGACUUCUUACGUGUGUAUUUAACAUUUAUUUUCGUAGCAAUUGUCAGUGAAAAUCAUUCAAAAUGAGGUUAGCAGGAGCUAUAUUCACGAAUGUGACGAAAAUGCUUGAUUUCUAUUCGCAAUUCAACCCUUCGCCGCUGUCUAUAAAGCAAUUUAUAGACUUUGGUUUAAAUGCGUGCGAAAGAAAAUCUUUUCUCUUUCUCAGGAAGGAGCUGCCAGUAAGGCUAGCGAAUAUAAUGAAAGAGAUAGCACUACUGCCGGAGAACCUGCUGCGGAUGCCGUCAGUGGGCAUGGUGAACCAGUGGUACGAGAGGUCCUUCGAGGAGAUCAUACAGUUUGAACAGAUGGAGCCCGACCCGCCGAUAUUGAGCCAAUUCUGCGAGCGUUUAGUCCACAUCCGCAACCGCCACGCUGACGUAGUGCAGACCAUGGCCCAGGGCGUGUUGGAGCUAAAGGAAUCGCACGAAGUGGACCCCGGGAUAGAGAACUCCAUCCAGUACUUCCUGGACAGGUUUUACAUGAGCCGGAUAUCGAUCAGGAUGUUGAUCAACCAACACACUCUUCUCUUCGGCGAGCAAAUGGGCGCCAAGCAGGCGUCAGUGAACGGGAUAGGCAACGGCGGACGUCACAUCGGGUCCAUAGACCCGGCGUGUGACGUCGCCGCUGUGGUCAGAGAUGCGUACGAGAACGCGAGGUUCCUGUGCGACAGAUACUAUCUGGCGUCGCCUGAGCUGCAACUCAUGCAGAACGGAGUGCCAAGCGAAAGGCCCAUGCCAAUAGUGUACGUGCCGUCGCAUCUGUACCACAUGCUGUUCGAACUGUUCAAGAACGCGAUGAGAGCCGUGAUGGAGAACCACGAGGGUUCGCCGCCGCCCAUACAGGUCAACCUCGUGCUUGGCAAAGAAGACGUCUCGGUUAAGAUGUCGGACAGAGGAGGCGGCAUUCCCCGCAGCGUGACGGACCUGCUGUUCAAGUACAUGUACAGCACCGCGCCGCAGCCGUCCAAGUCUGACUCGCACACCGUGCCGCUGGCCGGCUACGGUUACGGUCUGCCCAUAUCGCGGUUGUACGCGCGGUACUUCCACGGAGACCUGGUGCUCAUGUCCUGCGAGGGAUAUGGCACUGACGCUGUUAUAUAUCUUAAGGCUCUUACCAACGAGGCGAACGAGUUGCUACCAGUUUUCAACAGGACGUCCUCGAAGUUCUACCGACCGCAGCUGCAGCUCGCCGACUGGUCCGGCUCCAUCAACACCGGCAGCCAGUGCCGGCGGGAGAAAGUGUCACCCCUGUCACCCCCACUGUCACACAGUCUAUAGUGCGAGCCAGAGGAGUGAACACUCACUCCUUUGACGUGAUAUAGUCGGAACUGUUUGGAAUGCGCCCAAUCGGUGUGUUGUUUGAAGGCUGAGGCUGACUCUUGAAUAGUGCUGUUAGUACAAUGGUUUGUAUGGAUUUAAGUGCGCAGGGUUCAACGUUUAAGAACUUUGUACGAGCAAUUCUUUCAUUUAGCACAAUGAGCUGAUAGAUAUGAAAGGUAUAAUCGAUUCUAAAUGUAGCUGGUAGUCUUAGAUGCACGGUGACAUGCGCCUACGCAUAAUGUUAUGUCUUAGGCUAAAAGCAAAGUUGUUUCGUUAAUAUUGCCUUAGAUUAUCUCUAAAGCUAAUUCGAAGUGCAAAUUAAUAGUUAGAAUUCGCUAUGAAGUUUAUAAGUUGAAUAUAAAAUUUCAAUAGCACCAUUUAGUGUCUGUGAUUGUACAAAAAUCUGUAAAAACUAAUUUUGAGACUCGAAAACCCUAAAUUUAUCCAAAGAAAAAUAUUGAGACUCAAAAAUUAUGGGAUCCAAAGAAAAUAAACUUUAGAAAUAAAUUAGUUAUUACAGAUUUUGAUAACCAACGAAUGUGAGCCUUAUUUAUAUUCUUUUUUUCUAAAACGUUAGUUUCCAAACUGAUGUGACGAAUAUUUUCGAGUACGAAGUCGACACGCGAUUUAAUUUCAAGUUAUUUCAAACAUUAAGUACCUACGAAAAGAUAUUAAAAUUAUUCUAAUAAAAUAUCAUAGUUGGUAGAUUUAACAAGACAGUAUGACUGUUAAGUAAGGGUGAUUUUUGUAAAUAAAGAAUGUAAAUUUAAGGGAAGCCUUUAGGAAUAUUUAAAGUAAAUGCGGCAUAAUUUUAAUGAAUGCAUAUAUUGUUCGCCAGCAAUAGAUGCCUAGACAAUUUAGUGAUAUUUGGAAUAUUAUAAACUCAGUCCCCUUUCUUAUUAAAAAAAAUGUGAUUUAAAAUUAAUUUCAAGUGUUUCUGUACGUAAUUGAAUUUAGACAAUUACCUACAUGCAAUUUAAAUCAUCAAUACUUAAUUGUAUAAAAUUUAUGAAAUCAACCAGUGUGAAUGGAAAGUUACUAAAUCAUUAUCAUAAUGCAAAACAGACAUUUAUACAUUUGUGGGGCAAAAAAUGACAGCUAAUGUAAGACAUACAGUUAAAAGCUCACCAACAUAAAUAUAAAUGUUAAGAUGUAUCAGUGGAGAGUAGGUAACAAACAGGUAAUGAAAUAACCAAAGCUAAGGGCCAUAAGCAAAACUUCCAUUUUACUUUGCUGCUCUGAAGUUGACUGCGUAUGCGCAACAACGAAGGUUCAAAAUGGCGUUUUAAAGAGGCAUAUCAAGUGCCUAGCUUCAGGAUGGUGGACUUGAAACAUGUACCUAUUAGACAACUCCGAAAUUAUCAGAUAACAGGAGAUAGACGCAUAACGCCCAUUAUAAAACUUCGGUUAAUUCUAUUGUGGGGCCUUAUUUUGUUUGUGUACGAAAUACGAAUUAUGACAGAAAUAUAUUGUAAAAACUUGCAGAUGCGUUGUACUUGGACGUUAGGCAUAUAUAUAUGCCUAUUAUAAAGUAAUAUGAAAUGCAAUUUUAAUCUUAAAAGAAUAUUAUAUAUUAAAAAAAGGAAAAUCGGGAUUGUUCAAAGACCUCACGCUGUAUUUGACGUAACGGUACUGCAAGCAAUAAAUUAAAUUUAUGUACAAGUAUAAGAAAGCAAUUUAGUUGAUAAACUAUAUUUUCGUAAGAAUUGAAAAUUAUGCAUCUCUAUUAAUGUGUUAAUUAAGAAAAUGCAAAUGUUUUCUUCAAAGGUUAUUUGCCAUGUGAAUUUUAUUAAUGUAAUUUAUUUCAUGUUAAUUAAUACAAUAUUAGGCUCUAAGUUGAAGACCAUAAAUUAUAAAAUCCAACAUUUUGUGAACAUAUAAGAGGUAAGGAUUUAGAAUUUCACUAAUCUUCAGUCCUAAAUACAUCUAUAACCAGCUUAGAAAUACUAUAACAGUAUAGAAGCUAAGUAAAGUGAUGCAAUCAUAUCAAAUUGUUUGGAAUGUUCCAUGAUUUUCUAUGAAAUUUGUUACGAGUUGUACAUUUUGUAAAUGCAUAAAUGUAUGUGAAGUAUGUGCAUUUAGCUGCACUAGUUCUGAUUCGUAUAGAGUUUAAUAAAUUGUGAAUCCAAUUGUGAAAUUAUUGUUGGUUAUCAGAAAUAUUCUUAAAAAUACUGAGUAUAAUAAUUAACACAUCCUUUUCCAUCUACCCUCAGAUUACUAAUUAUAAUAAUAGAAGACAUAUUUAAUAGCGUUAAAAAUUAUGAAUUCGCUUAUAAGCCUUACCUUAAAUAAAUUUAAAGAAUAUUUCUGAGAACACCUCACCACUUAAAUUAUGAAAACUUGAGAACACAAGCCCAAAUUAUUAUUGCUACAAGUAUAUAUUUUUCUACUGAAGCCUCAUUAGCAUAAGUACAAUAGUGUAACUGCUAUAUAAUUCAAAUAUAUGUUGCGAGUUUUUAAUGUGAAUGCAAUAUUGAAAGUGUUUAUUAAGGAGAUCCAUUUUUUGGUUAACGGGCAAAGUUUUGUACGCCUGGGUAUGGCACAAAAACCUUUUAUAAACUGGUGAUAAAUAUAUUCCAUGAAUUCGAUUUCUCAGUCGCAUUCAUUAAACAAAGUCAUUGCGAAGCUAAAUGUGGUUUGGAGUAUUGAUAUAAUCGCAUGGGUACCUGGCGAUAAUGUCUUUACUCAUUUGCAUUUUACAGUAUGUUGUUAAGUUUUAUUCCAGACUCGAUUGUAUGUACCUUAAACAUAGUGUAGAUAUCGAUAAGAAGAUAAUUAUUUAAUUUUUACAAAUAAACUUUUAUGAAAUAGAA